CCGUUCCAGCUGUUCUUACAUGCUGCUACCUGCUUUAGCUGUUUCUACAAUUUCUCUGUUAGCUGACUCAAACCCGGGGCGAGCGGGGGACUUAUCUGAGUCCGAUGAAGUCCAGCGACGCCAACCGGUUCCUUCUGGAGACAGCAAGAACGACUCAGCCAAUAAUCCAGGGCCGGACGGCCCAGAGGAGGAGCUGAGAGGAACUCAAAGUCCCUCCGACCAGCUCGACUCACUCCCAGAGAAUGAAGUGCGCAGGUCCGAAAGAGUUAGGAGACGCCCUGUUUACCUGCGCGACUACGUAGAGAAAUAAUAUGCUAAUUUUAUGUCUGAAAAAAGAAAUGACCAUGUAGAUGCCAACUGCCUGGAUACAGCGUAAUGGGAAAGAGUGAAUGGAGUGCAAUUGGACUGCAAUCUUGAAAACAGCCAUCUUGUGGACUAUCACCUGCACACUGAACAGAGCAAUAUUAUCAGCAGCAAUGGGUGACAUGACAAACAGCGAUUUUUAUUCAAAGAACCAAAGAAAUGAGGCCAAUCAUGCAGGAGAAUUUGGGUGUACGCUUCAGGAUCUGCGUUCUCUUAUGGAACUUCGAGGAAUGGAAGCAGUGGUCAAAAUUAAAGAGACAUAUGGGGACACAGAGGGCCUCUGUAGACACUUGAAUACUUCGCCAACAGAAGGAUUACCUGGCACUACUGCGGACCUAGAUAAAAGAAGGCUAAUUUUUGGGAAAAACUUUAUACCUCCAAAGAAGCCAAAAACUUUCAUACAGUUAGUCUGGGAAGCAUUACAGGAUGUGACUCUCAUCAUCUUGGAAAUCGCAGCCAUUAUAUCUCUUGGGCUCUCAUUUUAUCAUCCACCUGGAGAAGGAAAUGAAGCAUGUGCUACCGCUGCAGGAGGAGGUGAAGAUGAAGGUGAGGCAGAAGCUGGUUGGAUUGAAGGAGCUGCCAUUCUGCUCUCGGUUAUAUGUGUGGUGCUGGUUACAGCCUUUAAUGACUGGAGCAAAGAGAAGCAGUUCCGUGGACUUCAGAGUCGUAUUGAGCAAGAACAAAAGUUUACCCUAGUCCGAGGUGGACAAGUAAUUCAGAUUCCAGUAGCAGAGAUUGUAGUUGGUGACAUUGCACAAGUCAAAUAUGGUGACCUACUACCUACUGAUGGAGUUUUUAUUCAAGGAAACGACCUUAAAAUUGAUGAAAGCUCUUUAACUGGAGAGUCAGAUCAAGUCCGCAAAUCUGUUGACAAAGAUCCAAUGCUGCUUUCAGGUACCCAUGUCAUGGAAGGCUCAGGAAGAAUGCUGGUUACUGCAGUGGGAGUUAAUUCUCAAACAGGCAUCAUCUUUACUCUACUAGGUGCUGGAGGAGAGGAAGAGGAGAAAAAAGAUAAAAAAGUAGAUUCUUCCCAUUCCUCCUUCCAUCCUCCUUCAACUACAGAUGGGGCAGCAAGUGCAAUUGCCACUGAUAAUGCAAAUACCAGCUUAGUCAAUGGCAAAAUGCAGGAUGGGAAUAUGGAAAACAGCCAGAAUAAAGCCAAACAGCAGGAUGGGGCAGCUGCAAUGGAGAUGCAGCCACUCAAGAGUGCUGAAGGUGGAGAAGGAGAUGAUAAAGACAAGAGGAAAGCCAACAUGCCUAAGAAAGAGAAAUCUGUCCUCCAAGGAAAGCUAACUAAAUUGGCUGUCCAAAUAGGCAAAGCAGGUUUGGUAAUGUCAGCAAUCACUGUCAUCAUUUUAGUACUAUACUUUACUAUUGAAAACUUUGUUGUCAAGAAGAAGCCAUGGCUGCCUGAAUGCACACCUGUAUAUGUUCAGUAUUUUGUCAAGUUCUUCAUUAUUGGUGUGACUGUGCUUGUAGUUGCUGUUCCAGAAGGACUUCCGCUGGCAGUUACCAUCUCCCUUGCUUAUUCUGUAAAAAAAAUGAUGAAAGAUAACAACCUGGUCCGUCACUUAGAUGCAUGUGAGACUAUGGGAAAUGCUACAGCCAUCUGCUCUGAUAAAACAGGGACAUUAACAACUAACCGAAUGACAGUAGUACAAGCCUUUAUUGGAGAUGUCCAUUACAAAGAGAUCCCUGACCCAGAUUCUAUUCCAGCCAAAACAAUGGAUUUGCUGGUUAAUUCAAUUGCCAUCAACAGUGCUUACACUACAAAGAUUCUGCCACCAGAAAAGGAAGGUGGUCUACCUCGUCAGGUUGGCAACAAGACAGAAUGUGGAUUGCUUGGAUUUGUGUUGGCUCUAAAGCAGGAUUAUCAGCCUGUUCGGAAUCAAAUGCCUGAAGAGAAGCUCUACAAAGUUUACACAUUUAACUCUGUGAGAAAAUCAAUGAGCACUGUCAUUAAAAUGCCAGAUGACAGCUUCCGAAUGUAUAGCAAAGGGGCUUCUGAAAUUGUCCUAAAGAAAUGUUCUAAGAUUCUUAAUGCUGCAGGAGAGAUUCGUGUUUUUAGACCUCGUGAUAGAGAUGAAAUGGUUAAGAAAGUGAUUGAGCCCAUGGCCUGCGAUGGACUGAGAACCAUCUGUGUUGCUUUUCGAGAUUUUCCCAGUGAUCCUGAACCAGACUGGGACAAUGAAAAUGAUAUUUUAACUGAUCUUACCUGCAUUUGUGUGGUUGGCAUAGAAGAUCCUGUAAGACCAGAGGUCCCAGAAGCCAUAAGAAAGUGCCAGCGAGCUGGAAUUACAGUCCGCAUGGUUACUGGAGAUAACAUCAAUACAGCUCGUGCCAUUGCCAUAAAAUGUGGAAUUAUUCACCCUGGUGAAGAUUUCCUCUGUAUUGAAGGAAAGGAUUUUAAUCGAAGGAUUCGAAAUGAGAAGGGAGAUAUUGAGCAGGAACGCAUUGAUAAGAUAUGGCCAAAACUUCGUGUCCUUGCUCGUUCAUCACCCACAGAUAAGCAUACCUUGGUAAAAGGCAUCAUUGACAGCACGCAAGUGGAGCAGAGGCAGGUUGUAGCAGUGACUGGUGAUGGAACUAAUGAUGGACCAGCUCUUAAAAAAGCUGAUGUUGGCUUUGCAAUGGGUAUUGCAGGAACAGAUGUGGCAAAGGAAGCUUCUGAUAUCAUCCUCACAGAUGACAACUUCAGUAGUAUUGUGAAAGCUGUAAUGUGGGGCCGUAAUGUUUAUGACAGUAUCUCUAAGUUCCUGCAGUUCCAGCUUACCGUAAACGUGGUGGCUGUGAUUGUGGCUUUCACUGGUGCUUGCAUUACCCAGGAUUCCCCGCUGAAAGCCGUACAGAUGCUAUGGGUCAAUUUGAUUAUGGACACUUUUGCUUCUCUUGCCCUGGCUACAGAACCUCCCACAGAAUCCCUUCUGCUAAGAAAACCAUAUGGUAGAAACAAACCCCUUAUUUCUCGUACCAUGAUGAAAAAUAUUCUGGGCCACGCUGUGUAUCAACUCACUCUAAUUUUUACCCUCCUUUUUGUUGGUGAAAAAAUGUUCAUGAUUGAUAGUGGCAGAAACGCACCACUCCACUCUCCACCUUCUGAGCACUACACCAUCAUCUUCAAUACUUUUGUCAUGAUGCAAUUAUUUAAUGAAAUCAAUGCACGCAAAAUCCAUGGCGAAAGGAAUGUUUUUGAUGGCAUCUUUAGAAACCCUAUAUUUUGCACUAUUGUAUUGGGUACAUUCGCUGUACAGAUAGUAAUUGUACAAUUUGGUGGAAAACCUUUUAGUUGUUCUCCUUUGGAACUUGACCAAUGGAUGUGGUGUGUAUUUAUUGGAUUAGGUGAACUCGUUUGGGGGCAGGUCAUUGCAACCAUCCCAACCAGUAGGCUAAAAUUUCUAAAGGAAGCAGGAGGGCUUACAUUAAAAGAAGAAGUGCCCGAAGAGGAGAUGAGUGAAGAUGUAGAAGAGAUUGAUCAUGCAGAGAGAGAACUUCGCCGUGGACAAAUCCUCUGGUUCAGAGGGCUUAAUAGAAUCCAAACUCAGAUCGAAGUAGUCAAUACUUUCAAGAGUGGCACUUCCUUUCAGGGAGCUCUCAGGAGACAAUCCUCCGUCACAAGCCAGAACCAGGAUAUCCGCGUCGUGAAGGCAUUCCGUAGCUCUCUCUAUGAAGGUUUGGAAAAACCGGAAUCUAGAACCUCCAUUCACAACUUUAUGACUCAUCCUGAAUUUAGGAUAGAAGAUUCCCAGCCCCAUAUUCCUCUCAUUGAUGACACAGAACUAGAAGAAGACUCUGUCCUCAAGCAAAAGCCGAGUCCCCCAUCUUCGCUGAACAAGAACAAUAGUGCUGUUGACAGUGGGAUCAACCUUACAACUGACACAAGCAAAUCAGCUACCUCUUCUAGUCCAGGAAGUCCAAUCCAUAGCCUGGAAACAUCACUUUAGCUGAAAAAAGUCACUGCAAAAAUAUCAGUAUAAAUAAUAAUAAUAAUGAUAAUAAUAAUAAUAAUAUAUAACAGAGACAAUUAAGUAUAAACAAUGCUGGCUGAGAAGCUGUUUGAAUUCCUGAUCACUUUGAAGAAACAGAUAAAUGAAUGCAUCAUUAGUCACAGUGAUUUUUGGAAGAAUGAAUGGUUGAUUGACAUAUUCCCCCUUUUGUCUCCUGCAGAAACAAACAAAAACAAUACAAACACUAUCCUGCAUGAAUGUAUUACCCACUUCAACCCGACCUCCUUUUUAAUUCCUUGAACAGGAAAAGGAGAAGACUUAUUUGAAGCUAUUUAUCCAAUUCACCAGUUUGUGAGUUUUUUAAAUGCUUGUGUGGCAUGGACUCAGUUGUAUAGAUUAAUUUAAUUUUUUUUUAAUUGCAAAGCUUAACUUGCACAAUAGAUUUGCACCAGUUGGCCAGAGGAACCUAAAAUGAACAUUUAUGAAAAUAUAUAUAGAAAUAUAUAAAUAAUAUAUUAUAACUAUAUAUAUAUAUAUAAAUAUAAAUAUAUCUCCAUUAUCUAAGCUUACACACAUAUACAUAUACUCAUAUAUACUAUAUGUGCAUGUGUGUGCACAAGUAUGUAUGUAUAUCUGUGUGUGAAAUAUAUAUAUAUAUAUAUACACACACACACACACACACAUGCACACAUUUCUUUGUUGGCAUGUUGCCUUUUUUCUGCUCAAAUCAUUCUAUUUUAACUUAUUUAUGUCCUGAAAAUAAAGAAUGUAAUUUGUUUACAGAACUGUAGAUAAUUUCCUUAACAUUUGUAGGUUUAAGACAGCACUACCUGCCGAGAUCAUUUACAAUUUGCUGUGAUCUGAUUUUUGCCUGACAGAUUGAUGGGGUUUGGGGGUGGGAGGUGGGAUGGGGUUAUGUAGAUACUGCUAGCAAAUAACAAAGAAGCCAAACUAUUACAAACUGGAUGUAGCAUUGUGAUCCCAAAUAGAGGGUUCUGAAUAGAAAGGCUUCCUUUGUUUUAAAAGAAAUUUAAAUAAUCAGGUUUUUUGCUCUCUUUCUCUUUCUCUCUUUCUCUAUUUUUUAAUGAAUUGUUUCAUUUCAUCUUGAUGCAAUACUCAAUAAUGAGGCCAUUUCCUUAUUUAAAUGUAUUGCGACGGCUUCUUAAAAAUAUUUUUUUAAAAAAGACAUUAUAAUAAAGUUCACUGGAGUUUCUGAAUAUCCAUUCGAAAAUAAGUUAUAUUUAGCUUUGUAUGAAGAUCAGACUAAUAUUGGAAUACUGUGUGCUGAUUCUGUUUUAUUAAAAAAGUAGACAUUCAUUUCUUGCAAAAUAUGGGCUGUUGGCAUUUUGGAUGAGAACCACUAUGGUUUGUUGCUUUGAUAUGAAAAAAAAAGAGAAAAUAUAUAAUUUUCUGCACUAUGUAGUUCUGAAUGAAACUUUAUGAAAUGUAUACUAAUGUGCUUUGUGUGAUUAUUUUAAAACCAAGUCUUCCCAUAGUCACAAACUUAUAUAGUAGAAAUUAACCAACUUUGAUUUCAAAUUGUGCUUUCUACAGGGAAAGCCCCUAAUCACGUCUGCUACGUGAUUGGGCUUUUUUUUUUUUUCAAGAUGGUAACAGCCGUGAAAAUAUAGACACUUCUAUAAUUGUUAUGUUAACCAUUUGAAUGCAAAGCUCUUUGUGGGUCACAAUUUUUUCAUAACUGACUUUUCUAUUUAGUACAAGGUUUGCUUGAAAACUUUUCGGCAUAUGAUCUUUUCCAUAAAACUGUACAGACCAGGAGACAUUUUGAUUAACACAACGAUACCAGAAGAGUGGGCAAAUGACCGUUUUAUUUAGCUUAUCAACUUACUAGUAGUGAUAUUACCUGCUGUUUUGAAGUUGUUUGAUGAAGCGGAUCAACUCUGUAAUCAGAAGAACCCAUUGCAAGCCAGAAACACUUCAGUCAAGAUAAGGUUCCUGGCCAAAUGCCGGCUUGAAAUGAAUAAUAAUCCAAGGGCAUGCUCAUGACUAUUCAGCCAGGAAAGUUCUAAUCAACUUGAAUUGCCAGCUUCUGGACUUUUCUAAUAUGGUUUUAAAUGUAUUUUGACAAUACACUAUUUGUUUUGAUCCAAACGUCUGACAGAACAGCAAAUAUUUCUAGGUUUGUCCAACCCUCUUCUCAACGGUGUUACCCAUUUCUUAACUCUCACAGCUGGCAGGAAAGUCCAGCUGAUCAGUUUAUUCUUACAAUUAAACUGAAAGUUUGUCAGGGUUUAACCUUGGAUUGUAAAUAACAGUGACUAACUUUUGUGUAUCACUGAGAUUCUCAGUGGAAUACCACAUCUGAGAAUAUAAAGUCUAUAUACAGGGAAAAGCAUGUCGAUUUGAACUCAAGUAACUACAGAAUUAUUGCUAUUGGAAUACAUUCUGUUUUCAACAUCUUAAUGAUAAUGAUUUACCUUUUUUUCCCCAAGAUUGGCUUUUUUCCCCUUGUAUUUUUUUUUCUUUAAGAUUUCACUAUGUUUGGGUGUGUGUGUGUGUGUGUGUGUUGUAAUAUUGCUUCCUAAAUAACUAGAAGGUACCUACCAUUUGCUGACUUGAAAAACUGUUCAAAAGAAACCAGCACUCAAUUCUGUAUAUACCUGGUUUUAAAAGAAAGAAAAAAGAAAAUAGAUUAUAUAUUAAUGUGAUGCAUAGGAUUCUCUCAAGAACAAAAAACUGUGCUUAUGUACACAUGAAAGAGCCUUUUUCAAGAAAAUUGACGAAAAUGGAUGAGUUCAAAGAACUUGGAUUACCAGAUGUGCAUCAUGUACUUUUCUAUUGCUUGGCCUCUUUGUGACAGGAGGAGCGGUAUGAAAAAACUAAGAUGAUCUAUAUGUUGAAAUUCACUGCAAUAUAUAAAAUGCUUGCUCUCUAUUGUACCUUGAAAGCAUGAGAUCUGUGGAACAAAAAAAUACAGCAGUACAUUUGGCAAUCCAUCCCACUAGGGGUUAUUAUUUCUAUAUGUUUAUUCAUCUGUUUUUAUGAAUUUUUUAAAUCUAGACAAUAAUUGUAAAUAAAGAGCUCACUGUCUCUGUUCAUUUAAUACUA